AUCUAUAAUAACAAAUUCAACAUGCUAGCAUUGUUUAUCCAAGGAAAAGUCACAGUCCUUUAUACGCACGCCGUCGUGUUUGUUUCGUCACGCGUAAAUAAGCGUUUAAUUAGCUCGCCCACGUUGUAGCUUUGUCGAAAAGACGCGUGGGAGAAGAAGGAAGGGAAAAAAUAUGAACUUGUGUAUAAACCUAUAUUUAUCAUUUAGUUUGUUGAUUAAAACUCGUUCGCAUUCAUUUACAAAGUGGAAGAUUAAAAACUGUCGUCAGUACGAGAAAUCUAUUUUAAUUGUUUCGCCAGUAAAUGGAAGUUUGCAACAGAGAUUUAAUUAAUACAGGAUGAAAUGUCUGCGCACUGUUUCCCGCUUUGGCUUUCGCGUUUCAUAAGAUAAGCAAGAUUGCGUUCGCGAUGCGGUCGUUCACUGCACGGUUGAGACAGUGUCAAAGAAUGAAAACGUUUCAUCGUCGAAUCACGCGAUUCUUUAUUGAGCCGCCGCCGCCCCGCGUCUCUUCGCACGAACCUUCGAUGAAUUGAACAAAAAUGGCCAAUUUUUUUACCCAGUCGUUUCCUACAAAAUUUUAUGAGAUGUACGAAGGCCCGUGACCGACCGUAUGGACAAUCACAUACACACAGACUCCUUUCCUUUCCACCUCCGGUUUCUCUCGCCAGUCAUUUGUAUGUAUACUUACGUAAAUAGAUGAACGUGCGCGUGGUUAUCACACGAAAGCCGAUGUAAGCACAUACACGUCGGCCAACCGAAUACGUAGAUAACAAUUUUUUAUCUAUCCUCCUGUCUUCGCCGCUAUCAUUCUCUUUCGCUUUGAUGACGCCAAUGCACUUUGCCAUUUUGUCCAUAGAAUACCUCGAUCACUAUGAACGAGUUUACGUCUGAAAAGGAUCUUGCGCCUCGAUGGUUGAAUCGAACGUAGCCUAGAUCAUAAGACAGGUGAAAUUGAUCAAAUGAAUUCUUUCGAUACGGUAAUGAAAAUCUGCAGCGCACUUAUAAAUGCGCACGGCGUCUUGUAAUCCGUAAACGCAUAUAAUUAACACUGUGACCCGAGAGAGUCGUAUAAACGGGUGUCUAAACAGUUUCUUCUACUUUGCUCUUUUUUAGUAUUUCGCCGAACCGACGGGUGAAAGGAUCACAAGUUCUUACUCGGUUAAUCUCGUUUCAUUUAUCGUUCAUGUUUAUCGUCGAUAAUGGGAUUUCGAAUUGAACCGAUAGCCGCGGUAAUCGUUAUCGACCCGCGUUCGCAUCGUUGUAUUUGCACGUCUUGAAAAAAAUGUAAUCGCCGUUUAAGAACGCCUUAUACAAUUUUAAACGCGCGCCAACCUCGUCAAUAAUCACGAAUGCAAAUCUAAUGUGCGAUCUAAAUUAUAUAAAUUGAUUGGAUAACGCGUGAUGGACAUUUAUUCGCGUUUCGCACCUCCAUGGUUUCGUAAUGUCUGCUUAUUUCGAACCACGUGCACGCAUAUUCAGUGAAAAAGUGCAGAUACAAUCGCGUUAAACUAUUAUUGACGUCAUACUUUAUUGUUAGUCAUAAAUAUUAUUGUAAAAAUUAUGGGAUAAAAAAAUAUGUCCUAGCGCUUAGUUACAGUAGUAGCGCAAUAUAACAUUGUCCGAUGAAAUUCAUAUACUGAUCGAUGCAAUAAUCGUUACAAUUUUUCAUGUGACAAUCGCUAUAAUGAUUCAUGCUUAAUACUGAUUGAUACUCUUCUCGCCUGAAGAUGUUUAGCCAUUGAAUACAUUCAUAUCCAAAUUCUCUGUUUUUCGUCGGCUUUUUCAAAUCUUUCCUCCUUUCUUCUGUGAAAUUCCCACUCCUUUUUCUUCAUCCUCCUUACGUCUGAACCCUUUCAAGCGAGCCUGCUAGCUGUCGCAUGCUCCAUCUCUGGCAAUCGUUACGGAGCGAUUGUCUCUCUCUUUUCCUUGUAGCAUCUCGCUUUUUCAUUUUCUUUCUCUUACUCUCUCCUCCCUCGCAAUCUUCCCUCUCCUUGUUCUCAUUCUCCGCUCUCUCAUUCACUCCGUUGCUGUCUCUCACCUCGUCCCUAUUCAGUUAACAGUCGCGAUCUUUGUUGGUUAUCAACUUCCCUCUCUCUCUUUAUCUCUUUUACUUGUACCCACAUGUUCUCGCUUUCUCUCUCUCUCUCACUCACUCACUCACUCUCUCUCUCUCUUUUUCCCUUCCUCCCUCCCUUCCUCUUGCUCCCCUCUCUGGUUCGUUUCGAUUCUCGAGACCGCGAGUGACUCGAUUCGCCUCGACGGCAAGCAGGCAGUGUCGGCAGUCGCGGUUACACUCGCGCACGAGGCGUUACGUACGGUUCGCAUAAUUAUUAGUACGCAACGAGAGAAUUAGAAAAAAGUAUAAAAUAGAAACGUGCGUCGUAUUCGCAUUGUUUUCCUCCUCGCGGACGAACCUGUUGGUGUUUCACGAGUGAACACGUUGAUUUAAAAAAUUUCAGCUGCGUUUCGAAAGACGAGUCCGGUUCAAAGUUUGAAACGUGAACUCGCGGUUGUGCACGCAACAAAGAAACGUGUCGAGCGACGAUCACGUCGGAGUUCAGUGAAAAUCGUUAAAUAGAACGAUUUCAAUGCAACUCGAAUCGGUUCUAGGGGCUAGUGUCAUAAAAGUGAAAAAGUAAACAAGGUACGCGCGUGUAGUCGUGCGCAUUACGUGCGCGCACGUUCAGGUGCUUUCGAAACAAGAAAGUCUCGUAGCAAUCGAAACAGGAAAAAUUUUAAUUGUCUGUAGAAAACGGAAGAUCGCGAGGCAAGACAUAGCGUCUUUUGGACGUCGGCCGACUCUUGGUGGAGGAAAUCGGCAUACUUGAUUUCUUUAUUGGAGUAUGGCAACGAUAAGGAGCACUCGCCGGACAAGGAGAAUCGGAGCAAACUGAACGUCGAAGAUACCAACUGCAUUCUUCUUUGGUGGAGGAAGAAAGAAAAAGGAAGAGCAAAGUGGACAGGAAGCAAGCUGCUCGUAAAUCUCGUGUUUCCCGUUCGCAUUCUGCGUUAAACGUCGGACAAGCAUUUUAUAUUGGGGUGAAAAGAAGUUGCGCGCGAACAAACAUGCAUACACGCGUGCAUCGCGUAUACAACUUGUUCCGAUAAGUCUCCAAAGUCAGCUGUUCGCAGAAGGAACAGUGGUGCGCCGCGCCAAUUUCGUUCUCCAACGAUCGACGCGUACAAAACUACGUUAUCGAAUUGAGAUAUUUAACAUUGAGAAAGAUCAGUGAUUCGCGAAAAUGCUGAAAAGUCAGUUGUCCUAUCGUCGUUUUCACUCUCCCUCGGUCAACGUUUGCCGCAUGUGCAUAAAACUGUCGAACGUAAUUUACGAGCAAUUUACAAUUAGCGAAAUUGAUCGGAAUCAAGAGCCGUGAGAACGAGGUGAUCCAUUCGAUAUUUAGCGUCGAUCGGUUCGUUAAGAGGACCAGUGCUCGUUCCAAGGGUAUUGAAUCCUGACGAUCCGGAAACCGGUUGCUCCUAUCGUGUUAACAAUUAGUGUCACGUUUUCUAACGAACGGUUCGACCGAUCUUUAAACAUCCUUUACGAUUAAUGAAAGGUGAACUGGAAUCUGACCGUCGAAAAUGCAAAAUGUUUAAACCUUCGAGAUUGGCGGAGGAAUUAUUCAGGGGACGUUGGUUCGUUAAACGCAUUUAAUUAUCGUCGAGGUGGCCGCGCUGGUCGCGUGGAGUCGCGUUAUCGAAAGAAAUUCGCUGCGAGAGGUCGUGGCUCGUUGCUACGUAGCGAUUACACCGGUUCCCAUUCAUCCGACGCGCCGGAAGCGAGUAGGACGAGGACGCAAGCGUGCUUUCUCGAAGUUCGGAGCGCACGUGCGCGUGCGAGUGAGUCAAAAGUGUUUCGGAGCCGAAUCCGUUGGAGACUCGAGGCUCGAGCGUGCAAGAGAUCUGAUCCGUCGAAAGGAGGAGGAUGUGGUCGUGGCGAGGAACAGCGGCCAGCUGGACAGGCGAGCGUCCUGCGAGACGCACAGCCGUUCCUUGAAGGACGCGCGCGCGGUUUUCGUAUCCGGAGGAUGGACUGCUGCUCUGCUGGCUCUCUCCGUUGAAAGAACGAGUUGCGUGCCGCGUGCGAGCCUCGACACUUGUAUGACCGACCACGCUCUGCCUUAUGAGCCUGAUUGUGAACACUUCGUCGAGGCGCCUCGCCAGGCUCAGCGCACGAUUAUGCAGCUGAAGAAAGCGAUGCUCAAGAUUUUCGAUCAAUGCCUGCACUUGCGGAGCAUCGAAGAACCGAGGAUGACGGCGGAGACGGCAGCUCCUUGUGUGCAGGGAUUGCAAGGGGUGCAAACUCCCAUGGCGGGCCAGACGUUGCAGCAGAUGCAGGACGGAAAGUCCGGCGGUUACUAUUCCUCGACUUCCGCCGUCUACGAUCCGGAAUACGCCCGGAUGGAGGCCUGGCUGGACGAGCACCCCGACUUCGUCAACGAUUACUUUCUCAGAAAAGUGACGAGACAGACGGUGGACAUGUGGCUGGUGUCGCACGCAACGCCGACAUCGUCGUCGAGCAGCUGCGUGGAAUUGUCCAGUCCGACCCACGCAGGUGGCACGUCGUCGUCCGGCCGGGGUGGUUCCGGUGGGUCGGGAGCGACGACGCCUGUGCGAAAAAUCUCCGCGCACGAGUUCGAACGCGGCGGCUUACUGAAACCGAUCGUGAACACGAUCGACGGCACGCCGACGUUUUUGAGCGUGUCGCCCGGAGAUUCGGGUCAACCAGGAGGUCAGCAAGUUGGCUCCGGAAACGCUGGCAGACCCCAGAGACGGUCCAGACACGAACUCAGGCAUCUCGAUGAAAAGGAUCUCAUUUUCGAAUUGGUGAAAGAUAUCUGUAACGAGCUGGACGUUAGAUCGCUGUGUCACAAGAUCCUGCAGAACGUGAGCACCCUCCUACACGCGGACCGGGGUUCGCUGUUCCUCGUGCAAGGUGAACGGGGUGGUGGUUGCAUGCCCUCGUCGCAGAAUCACGACUCGUUCGGUAGAACGGGGAACGGGAACGUCGAACAACGGAUGGGAUACUCGAGGAGCAGAUGUCUAGUCUCGAAACUGUUCGACGUAUGCUCGAGAUCGACUCUCCUCGAGAUGGAGAAGAAGGACGAGAUAAAAAUUCCCUGGGGCACGGGGAUCGUUGGAUACGUCGCCGAAAGCGGGGAACCUGUUAACAUACCAGACGCUUACAAGGACUCUAGGUUCAAUCGAGAAAUCGAUGCGCUAACCGGAUACAGAACUAGAGCCCUUUUGUGCAUGCCGAUAAAGGAUUGCAACGGCGACGUUAUCGGGGUUGCACAAGUCAUCAACAAACUCGGUGGCGAAGGCCAGUUCACGGUACAAGACGAGAAGGUAUUCGCCAGUUAUUUGCAAUUCUGUGGAAUUGGAUUGAGGAACGCGCAGCUGUAUGAAAAAAGUCAAUUGGAGGUGAAAAGGAAUCAGGUCCUUCUGGACUUGGCUAGGAUGAUUUUCGAGGAGCAGAGCACAAUCGAACACAUGGUUUUGAGGAUUCUGACGCACACGCAGUCGUUGAUACAGUGUCAGCGAGUACAGGUUCUCCUGGUGCAUAAGGCGUCGAAGGGUAGCUUCUCGCGAGUGUUCGACUUCGAGGCGAACGACCUCGCUGGCGAGGAUUCGGAUUCUCGCACUAGUCCAUUCGAGAGCAGAUUCCCUAUAAACGUCGGCAUCACCGGUUACGUGGCCACCACCGGCGAGACGGUGAAUAUACCCAAUGCGUACGAUGAUCCAAGGUUCGAUCCGUCGGUAGACGAUGGUACCGGUUUCAGGCAUCGCACCAUACUCUGUAUGCCCAUCAAGAACUCGUCGGGUCAGAUAAUCGGUGUCAUUCAAUUGAUCAAUAAGUUCGAUGAUCUCGCUUUCACGAAGAACGACGAGAACUUCGUCGAAGCGUUCGCAAUUUUCUGCGGCAUGGGCAUUCACAAUACGCACAUGUAUGAAAAGGCUGUGAUAGCGAUGGCCAAACAGAGCGUCACGCUGGAAGUGUUGAGUUACCACGCCACCGCAUCGCUGGAUGAUGCGCAGAGAUUAAGGGGUUUAAGAGUGCCUUCCGCAGCGCAUUUUCAAUUGCACGACUUCAAGUUCGAUGACAUCCACAUGGAGGACGACGAGACGUUAACGGCGUGUCUCCGAAUGUUUUUGGAUCUCGACUUCGUGGAGCGUUUUCAUAUCGACUACGACGUUCUUUGCCGAUGGCUCCUCAGCGUCAAGAAGAACUAUCGAAACGUUACAUAUCAUAAUUGGCGUCACGCGUUCAACGUCGCCCAGAUGAUGUUCGCGAUAUUAACUGCCACGCAAUGGUGGAAGAUUUUUGGCGAAAUCGAGUGUCUAGCGUUGAUCAUCGCCUGCGUGUGUCACGAUUUGGAUCACCGGGGGACGAACAAUUCUUUCCAAAUCAAAGCGUCCUCGCCACUGGCGCAACUGUAUUCGACGUCGACGAUGGAGCACCACCACUUCGAUCAAUGUCUGAUGAUCCUAAGCAGUCAAGGAAAUCAGAUUUUAUCGAACUUGUCACCCGAAGAAUACUCGCGAGUGGUGAAAGUCCUCGAAGAGGCAAUCCUCUCGACUGAUUUAGCGGUUUACUUCCGGAAGAGAGGGGCCUUCCUCAGCUUGGCCCAAAGCGGUACUUACAAUUGGGCUUAUAGCGAUCAUCGCGAAUUACUCCGAGGGAUGUUGAUGACAGUGUGCGAUUUAGCUGCCAUUACUAAACCCUGGCACGUAGAGAAGAGAGUGGCGGAGUUGGUCAGUAGCGAAUUCUUCGAGCAAGGGGAUAUCGAGAGGCGGACACUCAAUAUUACUCCGAUCGACAUUAUGAACCGAGAGAAGGAGGACCAGCUGCCAAUGAUGCAAGUCGGCUUCAUCGAUUCGAUCUGCCUUCCUAUUUACGAGGCAUUCGCUCUGUUAUCGGAUAAACUGGAACCACUGGUCGAGGGUGUGCGGGAAAACAAGCAACACUGGCUAGAGAUAGCCGAAUCUAGAUGCAAAACGGACAAUUGCACAAAUCACGACAGGACACGAGUAUCCGACAGUGAGGAGGCCAGCGAACAGGCGGACCAAUAGUCACGGACGAACGUAAACGUACACGGAUAUAUAAGUAGUAUCUAUCAACCACCUGUUUCUAGAAACGAACGAACAAACAGGUUUCAAUGUCGGAAGAGGCUGCAGGUGAUGAACACUUUAAAAAGCUUCGCGCCUUCUUCGAGGUGUCGCGUAAACAAUGUGAAGUUUCGACUCGAACAAACUCGUCCCGUUACUCGAGUGUCUUAAAAGGAAGAAACAAAAUCGAUUCUAAAUUGUUGUAUGUACGUUUUAUACAUUCACUUAUGAAUUAAGGGGAAAAAGAAGAAUCAAGGAGGCUAAAGAUGAGUUGGUUUAAGACGAAUCGGGAUACCUUCGUCCUCUUUCUGGUGAUAAAGCAGAUCGACCCUGAGAUGCUACUUUUGUACCUGAUCGUAUUGUACGUAUACUUACUAUGGCAGAUCUUUGAUAAAUCCAGAGAGGGCGAAGACGAACGAUAAUAGAAUAAACACGAAAGAACUGUGGAGUCUGAGAAUGAAAGCUCGUUCUUCUUUCUAUUCGUACGCGACUCUCGUUACGAAUUGAAGACCUGUGGCUUCUGACGUUUCGUCCGCGUGUUUAAAUUCAAUUUGUGAAAGCACGAAACGUGCAUGACAUCGUUUAAAUAAUAAAUUUUUACUUAAACGAUGAAGUAGCACUAUGUUUUUUAACUGACUUCUGUCUCAGAUGUCCCAAUUAAAAGUCCGAGUCAUUUUUAAUCAUUCCGACGGUCAAUAGCUACGCGCAGUUUGCUUUCAUUUCGUUUUACGUUAACAAUACGAUUCUCAAGGUAAUACAUUAGAAUCGUAAUGUUCGUUCACAGUAUUCUAAGCGAUAAGAAGACAAUAUUAUUUUUCAUUAACGAUGAACAGUGAUGAAUAGGUAAAUGAGGAAUGCUUACGUAAAGAAUAAGUGCACGAAUCUCGUUCAUCGACAGAACUUACCCGGGUCUUCAAUUAAAUGGACGAACGAUGUUUAAGUAAUUAGAGUUGGGCAAACCGUUAGGUUUCUGUAUUAUAAAACCGUACAAUUAAAUCUUAUUUGACUACGAUAAAGAAUAAAAAUGAUUUCACCGGAAAUUCUAUUAUUAGAAAAUUAAUUUGAGCUGUUCGUUCGUUGUCGGCCCAACUCUCGGAAAGUUACGUCCUGCUUUGCACAGGGAAAUUUGUCUCCGAUUCACAGACUCGUCUGGGCAAGAAAACCGAGUCUUGCGUGUGUAAUUAUAUAACGUAUUCGUGUAAACCAAAGUGUACAUUUAUAUACGUGAAGGUCGGCUCGCGAUCUUUAUUACUCGAUACGGCAAUGAUUUUAAAAUGUUGUCGCGCGUGCUAAUUGUUAUAAUUAGUGGUUGGACGCGGCGCGGCGACGAGAAUAAAUCUCUUGUCUUACAAUUAAUCGUCGCCGCGGUUCACCUUGCUUAUCUUCUUCUACGUUUUCGUAACGUCGUUCAUCGUUCUCUUUCCUCCUCGCGCAAACCUGUCCUUCCUAAGAUCAGAUAAUUUACGAAUAUCAAGUCUGUUUGUUAAACGUCUAAAAUAAAUGUAUCCGUACAAUUUUUUUAUGGAUAAAUGAUGAAACGCAGGAAAAAAAAAUUGUUUUGUAAUUUCGCAAACGAGGGACGGGUAGUUUUGCAGAGACGAGAAGAAAUCAGCAUCCGUUCGCGUGUGACCGUUACUUAUCUAUAAUGAUAAAUAGUCCGUAUUUCAUGUUAUGUUCCUUUCGUUCUUCGAGUGUCUACGUUCUUUUUCUUUUUAAAUCGUUGAUCAAUUGUCAAUUUCGAUAUGACUUGGUCGUUAGGAGCGAAGAGUUGUAAAAAGAAAAGGAAAAUGUGUGAUAAGAGAAAGAGAAGUGAGAUGCGUGCGUCUGUUAACAUGUAUGGGUGAGUGUUUCAUGUUGGUGAGAUAUACAUUAUGAACAAUGUACAGUUUUCGUGUAAAUUAUUGAUACGUUAAAACGGAGUCGUUUAGCGUGUACGUUCACGUUUUAACAUUAUAGUAUGAGAGCCAUAUAUUAUACUGAACAACAUCUAAUAUAUUAAAACGAGACUAAAUUAUGUGAUACAAUAAUACGUGGCAAUGCGUC